AAUUAAUCUAACCAAAAUAUUAAUAAUCUGGAACACUAUAUAAAAGUUAUGAUGUGUUGAGAGUGAAUGAUGUCAGUUUUGCUUUUUAACUCGUGCCUAUUGGCACAUUGUCUGAUACACAUUCUAUUGCUUCCACGUGUCCUCUGUGGACCACACUGACCACUCGCAGUAUUUGCUGUGAGCAACAUUUCCUUAAUUGGCUGGUGUCUGAAUAUAUAGACCAAAACAAAGCUCAGAUAUGAGACCUUGAAACCCAAAUACUCAUUUUUCUCAAGGAAGCAGAGUUCUUUUGCCGCUGUGUUUUCUGGGUUUGCGAUGUUUCCAGCAGAACAGCAUCUUGGAAAAAUCGAUCAAACUGUACUUGACCUGCGCGUCCAUGUUGAGAAGGUAGUUUUUGAGCAGCAAACCGCUCUGUUAAAAUCUGUAGAACAAAACAAAGUUCUUAGGCAAGAGCUUGAGCAAAGUGAUGCUCGAAAGAAAGAGCUUGAGAAUCAACUUGUGGAGAAUGAAACUCAAAAGAAUGAACUUCGGAAAGUUCUUGAGCAGAGACAAGCUCAAACGGAAUAUCUUGAGAAAGAACUAGACCACAGUGAAGCUCAAAAACAAGAGCUAAAAAAAGAGCUCCAGAAGAGUGAAGCUCAGAAAGAAGAGCUUAGCAAAGAACUUAAGCAGAAGGAGGCUCAGAAUGAAGAGCUUAAGGAACUACUCUUAGAGCAGAAAACAGCACUGUUAAAAUAUGAACAACAAAUGAAGGAUCGUAAGAAAUUUCUUGAGCAAACUGAAGCUCAAUGCAAAGAUCUUAAGAAAGAAGUUGAGCAGCUACUUAACCUACGUGACCACUUUAAGGCAGUAGUCUUAGAGCAGCAUGUAGACUUGUCAAAAUCUGAAGCUAAAGUGAAGGAUUUCAUGGAAGAGCUUGAACACAGUGAAGCUCGAAACAAAGAGCUUAAGAAAGAACUAGAGGCAAAUGAGCAGAAGAGGGAUCUCGAGCAGCAAGAGAUGGAACUGCAAAAAAUGAAUGAGAGGAUUUCCCUGGUUCAAGAGACAGCUGAUAAAUUGUUGCCACUUUUGGUUGAUAAAUUGACGCCACUUUUGGCUGAUAAAUUGAUGCCACUUUUGGCAGAAGACCUAAUGCUAUGCCAUAAAGAAAAGGAAGACCUUCAACAGAAAAACAAUGAAUUGGAAAAAAAGCUUGAGCAGCAGGAGAAGAAACUGCAACAAAUGCAAAGCGUUGAUGAAGAAGAUGAACGGUUGCGAAGUUUGAAAGACGAGUUGGGUGUUGAAGUUUACAAGGGGUAUUGAAUACACUCAAGUACUCAACCAGUGUAAAACGACAGGAAAGCGAUAUAAGCUGAAGAGUAUCGGAUAGCAGUGAGAGUGGAGGUGGCUAAAUGGUGAAGUACCACUAGUAGUUGUAGUUGCUUUCAUAGGAAAACUUAGCGAGUAGCUCUUGUACUGACUUGCACACCCAGCCAGAUGUGCAUGCAUUUUCAUAUUUGUAAAUAGAUAGGGUUAAGCUUAAGAUGGCAUAUCUAACUUUGCCUCCUUUUCUGGAUCUUCUGAAGUUUAUGUCAUCCUUUAUACUUCUAGUGAUUUGGCA